UGUAAGCAAAGCGCCUAAUUAUUGAGCUCGAUAGUCUCGCAUCUUCAUUGGCUUUUCUCGAGGAGGCUCGCGACGUUGUUUGGAAAAGGCAAAUAUAGCAAAUAUACAACACAUUUCCUUGGAAUAUUUUUUUUCUUCUUGUGGUGCGUGAGUGGUGGACGUCGAGAGGCAUUAUUGGCGAUCGGAAAUCUGACGUCGCGGUUUCGCCGGAGAGCAGGAGUAGAAGCGCGAGCGAGCGGUGCAAGUGGAGGGACUCGAUUACAUUUAAAAGCUGACAAGCGGAAGAAGGAGCACCAUGUUCAUGCAGCCAGUCAUGGACUACCCAAACACUCUCAACACAACCUAUCCGUCCAGGAACCAUGACUUUACAAAAGAAAAAGUGGCGAAAAUGUCAGCAGUCGUUGAAGAAAAAAUUAGACACUUCAAGGCAAGCCCGACGGUUGGAAUCAUUUGCGGGUCUGGUUUAGGUGAAGUGACAAAGGCUGUGAAAGAAGCAGUGACCAUUGCGUACAAGGACAUCCCCGGCUUCCCUCGUUCGACCGUCCAGGGGCACGCCGGACAAUUUGUCAUCGGUUACAUUAACGAGGUGCUGGUCGUCUGCAUGCAGGGCAGGUUUCACUUUUACGAAGGAUACGACAUCGGCACGUGCUGCAUGCCAAUCAAACUAUUGAAGCUGUUGGGCUGUCACUCUCUAAUAAUCUCAAACGCCGCCGGGGGCCUCAACCCGAAAUUCAACGUGGGUGACAUCAUGGUCAUCCACGACCACAUCAACCUCAUGGGCUUCUCUGGCAAUGGGCCUCUAGUCGGACCGAAUGACGAAGCGUGGGGGCCACGGUUUUUGUCCAUGCACAACGCCUACAGCCCAGCAUACAUUAAGGAGGCACGUGACCUUUUGCGGAAGAAAAAUCUCCCGGAUCACGUGGGAGUUUACACUGCCCUUGGAGGACCACAGUUUGAGACGGUAGCUGAGCUCAGACUGCUACAAGCGCAAGGAGUUGAUGCAGUCGGCAUGAGCACCGUCCAUGAAGUGGUGAUGGCUCGCUAUCUGGGACUGCGCGUUUUCUCCUUCUCGUUGAUCACCAACAAGUGUCCGACCACUUACGAGGCCGACAAGAACGUCAACCACCAAGAGGUCAUCGACACUGGCCGCGAGAAAGCGCAGGUUCUGGUUGACUUUGUUCGAGAUAUGGUGCCGGUCAUCAACUCGGUCAGGGACUGAAGACUUGUCUACAAAUCCAAUUUUUAUCUCUCAAUAAUGUGAUUGAGCUGACGCUCAAUAAUAUAUAUAACGCAAAGUUCAAUUGCUUGACCUUCGUCGGACGACGCGAUUUUAAUUGUAUUUUUAAAAUAAUAUAAUAUAAUGUUUUGUAUGUUUCACUGACAUAAUUGAAGAUUUGAUUUGAAAUUUUAAUUUAAAUUUUGUGCUGCAUACUUGUGGUGUAUUGGUUAUGACAAAUUUUUACAAAAAUUAAUAAACAAUUUUAAAUGAUCAUGAAUCAUGAUAUUCAUGAUUAUUGAAACGG